UAUACACAUUGAAAAAUUCUAUCCAUGCAUGUGUUCUUGAUCAUUAUUCCAAAUUUUGAGUUUUGCAUAAUGACUUUCUGCAAAGAUACUGCCUUUUCUAUUUAUUUAUUUUUUUGCCUUGAAUCAUCAUAAAUUUUUCAGUAAUCUUUUUGUUGUAGAUCUGAGGUAAAGACUUUAAUAAUUUAAUGGGAUUCUGGGCCCUCUUUCUAUUGUGAAUUUUUUUGAUUUUUUUUUUUGAGUUGCAGAAGAAAACAACACACACUACACACACUUGUUCCUUUCUCUUUGUUCCACUCCUUUUCACAUGUUCAGUUAAAUCUUCUUCACAUCAAUCUCUAUUCCCAGAUUCACACACUACUCAAUUUGAACUCACUCAAAUUAGUCGCUUUCACUUGCAAUUUCUCACAAUUUAUUUAAAUUGAGCUAAUUCUUUUUUUUUUUUUUUUUUUUUGUUUCUGUUGCCACUGUGCUUUGAGAUUAGUGCAGAAAUUGAAGGUCCGUUUCGUUCAAGCUUGCAUCUAUGGUUGGAAUUUGGAAAGGGGGAAAAGAAUAAUGACAGAAAAUUGUGUGGUGAUUUGAAUUUGUUUAUGGCGUUUGGCAGGAUUUGUUUGAGGAGGAAAGAGAGGAAUUUAACGUAUGUUUAGCCUUUUGAAGAUUGAUUGUGAUGUCUGAAAAUGGAGUCUGUUACAGAAUGGAGCAUCUUCCAUUAAAAGAAUGAAAUCUUUGUUUCAAGUGAUAAAAAGGGGAAGAAGAAGAAGAGAGAAUUAUCUACUGUGGUUUUGAUAUAAGCAGCAGUUAAUAUCAGAUAAUAAAAUUUGGAAAGCUGGGAAACUGCAUUUGUUGGUAUGAUAAGCAGAUAUUGUGAGAUUGUGUUAGGGCGAAAAUCGAGAAGACGAACGAGUUUUCUUGACGUGAUCAUGUUCAAGCAUUGAUAAAAAAAAAAAAAAAGAGUGUGUGUGUUGGGGAAAUUGGUAGGGAUUGGUGAUGGCAUCAAUUAGAAGAACACUGUCUCCCGUUCCUCGGCCAGGGGGUUUAGGCAAUGGCGAGGCUUGUCAGGUGGCGUCGCCUCUGUCCAAGUCGUCUUCCAACAGUCAGAACUACCCUCCACACGGGGGGCUGUUGUCUUCCUCGCCUGGCUUCUUGGACUAUACGUUGUACAGAAUCCAGAGCUUCGUUCUUGGCCUUUUCUCACACCGGGCUUCUAGGGAUGUUGAUAGGUCGAGGAUGAAGGGGCAGAGUUGGCGGAGGGCGUAUUUACAUUUCUUGUUGUGCUUCGUUGUUGGUGUCUUUGUUGGGCUCACGCCAUUUGUACCGUUGAGUCUGUCCACAGAUGCCAUGCCCAAGCAGGAAGCUUUUGAUUUCGAGUUGCUUGGGCUGAAAAAUGAGAUGCCUAUAGUAGGCAAAGUUUCUUUGCAAGAGAACUCUACGUUGGAGAGAGAGAAGGUCGAUGUUGAGGUGAAGAGUCCUCCUUCUGACCUCAUCCUUUUGAAUAAGUCGUUGGAUCUGUCUAGUGGUGUGGUUUUUGAUAAGCUUCUGAUCAUCAUCACCCCGACACAUGCUAGGCCGCUUCAGGCCUACUUUCUGGAUCGCUUGGCACACACGUUGAGGCUGAUCCGACACCCUCUUCUUUGGAUAGUCGUGGAGAUGAAUUCUCAGUCCAUGGAGACGGCUGAGUUGCUGAGGAACUCUGGUGUCAUGUACAGACAUCUCGUGUGCAGUAUCAAGAACGCGACUGAGAUAACAGAUAGAAGCGCACUUCUUAGGAAUGUGGCCCUCUCACACAUAGAGACACACCGUCUUGAUGGGAUUGCUUACUUUGCAGACGAUGAUAGGAUAUACUCGACUGCCCUCUUCGACCAAAUGAGAAACAUUAGCAGUCGGAUUGGGACAUGGACAACGGCCAAGUUGGUGCAAAGCAGAGGCGAAAUUCUCUUUGAGGGUCCGAUUUGUAACAGCUCUCAAGUGGUAGGGUGGCACUUUGAUGACAGGGAGAGACGGUCUCAGAGAUUCCACGCUGAGAUGUCGGGUUUUGCCUUUAAUAGCACCAUCAUUUGGGAUCCAAAGAGAUGGCACCGGCCUACAAUCGAACCUAUCAGGCAGAUGGAGACAGUGAAGCAAGACAUGCAAGCAACCGCAUUCAUGGAGCAGCUCGUGGAGGAUGAGAGCCAAAUGGAGUGCUUCUCGAUGGACUCUUCGGGAAUCAUGGUUUGGCAUCACACAACUGACACAUAUUCCUACCCUCAUAACUGGUUUACUAGUAUUUCGAGCACCAUCACUCCACUUUAACUGAUGCUAUGCAAUUUCGCUUCAUUGGAACGGAGGUUGUUGGGCGAUGUUUUGUGCCACUUGCUGUCCCAAGUAGACGCGCUAGCAAUGCUUGUGCAGCGAAUCCUUAUCCGAGUUAUGGAAACUGGAGACGAUCCAACGGGUUCGUUUGAGUGUUUUUCCACGGUUUCUGGUUCGAGGUUGGAUAUUAUUUCUGUACAGCUGCUGAUUUUAUAUGAUUUUCAAUGGCUGCUAACUAUCCAUGAGAGGGAAGCAUGCUGCCAUGAAAGCUAGAGUGAUUGAAGAAUUUGCAUAUUUUGGCCAUUAUUAGCCAAUUACAACUUUUUUUUUGCCCUUCUUUCCUCAAAAUUUUCAUGGUGCAACUGUAUUAUGUGUUGGCCUUUUCUCAUUCUCAAUUAUUAGCUCAAGAAAAAGUGCUUGUUUCC